AUGAAAUUCCUCUGCUUGCCCGGCGCAUACGGCAGCGCCAAGAACUUCAGCGUCCAACUCGGGCCCUUCGCCAAGCACAUGGAGGACCGGGGCCUAGCGACCUUCACCUUCACGCAGGGCGCGCACGAGGUAGAGCCGCCGCUGGGCUGGGAGAACUACUUCGGGUCGCGUCCGCUAUACCGGUUCUUCGGACCGGCGGCGGCCGGUGCAGGCGACGCGUUCGAAGUCGUGCGCCGCGUCCGCCAUAUCCCGCGUGGCCUGAGCCCCGAAGCCACGCUUCGACUGUUCAAGCCGCCGCGCCCCGUUGCCUACGACUGGCGCGCCUUUCGCGAGGCCCUGGACGCGCUGUUCGAAGCUAUCGAGGCGGAUGGCGAGAUUGACGGGCUGAUUGGGUACUCGGAGGGCGCGAUGAUGGCGGCGUCGAUUUGUGCCGAGGAGAAUAGGCGGUGGGAGGAGAGGGGGGUGGCUAGGCGUAUUAAGUUCGCCAUAUUCUUCGCCGGCACGCCCCCCCUAGUCGCCGAAGGCGACGGCUUCGCAGCCCGCCUGGCAGACGAGCACGGGACGUCCAUCUCGAUCCCGACGUUCCACGUGUUCGGGUCCAACGACCCGCUAGUAUACUCGUCCGUCGCGCUGUACAACGCGUGCGACCAGGACACGGCGCAGCUGUACGACCACGGGCUGGGCCAUCUCGUGCCGCGCGACGCCGACAACGUCGAGCAGCUGGGCGACGUGCUUGCUGACGUUAUCACCCGGAUCAACAAGGACAGCGAGAAAGACAAGGUUGUCGUUGCUGCUGAGGCCGAGUCUGUAUCCGCGUCUGAUACCGAGCCUUCUGUUGACGAAUACGCUGACGAGUCCUCUGCUACUGGCCCCUCGUCCGCUGCGUCUAGCGAUGAGUCGUCGGAUCUGGAUUCGCGCUCUAGUAAUGGUGUUGGGUCUGAGGGGAUUGCUAAGGUCUAG